AUGAAAUUACGCAAACCACAAAUGUUUGUUCGUAAAAAAUUGAAUUUGCGAAGUUCGCAGUCGGACUCGAAUAAAAAGCAUCCAUCAAUUCCGAAUCCCGGUGAAAGUUCCACCGUUCGGCGCGGAAUCGAUAUGAAAUUAGCUAAUGGAAACUUGAUAGCCGACAAAAAACUGAUUCCCCUUGAUCCCCGCGAAUGCAUUCGCGACAAUAAAUCUCCGCAUUGUUCGGGCGACAGAUGGCGUGUUACCACCCUCCUAGCACAGGUAACUAUAUCCGAUAGCCCUCGCCAGCGCUGCUUAAAUUGCCGUCCAACGGAGUGA